CUUUUUAAAAUUAAAUUACUAUAGUCGACCAUAACCUGGCUGGAUUGAGGAAUUUGGGCAAAUGGUUGACUAAAUUAUCUAUUUGAUUUGAAACAAUAAAUUGUCUCUAAUACAAGUUUAAUUAUGCAUUACCUGUCUUUGCUUACAUAUUGCUGCAAAUUACCAAACAAAUCUGCAAAUAUACCGAUUAAAUGCAUGCAGUGAAAGUGAAGGUUUUGAUGGCCCCUGUGGGUCAGUGGGCCCCGGAGCAGAAGCUUGAGAAUACAAUCCGCCUGUAGCCCCUUACUGUGCGUUAUGGUCUGCUGUGAUAAAACAUAAUGAGGUCAUGUGCUGUCCAAAACAAAUAUUAAAGAUGGCUAAACGAAGUGCGUGCGCGUGCGUGUGUGUAUGUGUGUGUGUGUUUAACUAAAGCUAUCACCCUGCUGAACUUUGGCCCUGAGUACGUUUGUGUUUCCCUCCAUACAGUUGCCAAUUAAAAAAAAAGAUAUAGGUUGUAGUUACUUUCCACCACAAACCAGCUGUUUCAAGGAAUCAUCAUAGGAAAAAUACAAACAUGUUUUAAAGCCAAAUUCCAAUGCUGUAAUCACGGAAGUUGGUCAAUAUGUUUUGUCACGUCACCAACCAAAUCGGUGGUGACGUGCACACCUUCGCCAUCUUUUGCUGGAAGCAUACUUUAUGACAGUGUUGCCGUGCUCCAGGUAUGGUAAACAGACGGUUAUCUGAACUAUUACUUACGGUUAGACGCGAAAAUAGUUUAAAUGACCGGGCUGUUUGUUUCUUUAACCUACUGCUCAUGUUCACAUUUCGUCACGUUAGAUACGCGUAAAUGGACCGCGAGAAAGUUAAUGCCGAAAGUGUUUCAGAUAUGAGACUAGGAUUGUUUUACGGCCGGGUUAUCUGCUGACGGUAAGCGUUUUAUUGCGGUUGUUUUCAUAGUUUUAAGGAACCUAACAACGAAGCAAUCUCGGUUUGAUAACUGUAGGCUACUGUGCCUCCCACUAUAUCCAGACACUGAUCCUGAAUCAUUGACAGCAUAUCGACGUGCCACAGUUUUUCCUUGAGGACGCCUGGGAGUAACGAAGUGAAUUUGGGGUUGCAGUUUGAAUUUCAUGAAAGUCUCAGAUUUGUUUUAGUUUUUCGUUCCAGUUCUCUUUCCAUGAAUGGAGUUUUCCUCGCAGAGGAAGUGUAGCAGCAGAGAGCAGGACAUCGGGGGGAAGUUACUUUUAGGUUGUGCAUUCGUCAGGCAUUCACAGCGUUGUCCGUCACUCAGUUCCACAGACUGUUGGCAGCCACAGGUCAGUUUAGGAGCAGUCAAUACAGUCCUGUUUGAAUGACAAAAACCAUAGACUAUCAAAUGUUAUUUUUUAUAUUGCUGUGCUAUUUUGCCCAUAUAAGGGACAAUUUGUGAUUUCGAAUCAUUAAUAGACUCUAUUUAAAUAUUUAAAUAGAAGAUAAUUGACCUUCAAUAGAUUCCAUACCAUGUCAGUGACUCCAAAUCACUGCGUAAUUGUAUUACUACACUGGAAAACUAGGGCUAUUUAUAUUUUACAUUUGUUUAUAUUGUUGUGAAAGUAAGGCAUUUUCUCUAUUGGAAAGUCUUAUUUACUUUAAACAGUUUACCUGUUAUGUGACCCAUUGAUUACAAUUCAAUUCCAGAUAUUUUUACUACACUGGAAAAUGUGCAAAACUCUUUUUAAGGGAUUUUAGCACCUCUUCAAAUGUUGUUGAAUAUUGUUAUAACAAUCUGCACUUUGCCUUACAUCGCAAUAACACCAAGAUGGUCUCUGACCGUACUACCAUAUAUUCAAACUCACCACCUGCUAUAAAGAUAGAUGAUGCAAGGAGGUGUGAAUGAGAAGUUUUUUUUCUCACAUGACCCAAAAUGUGUUAAAAACCAGAGGUUAGUUUGGUAACUGUUGGCUGAUUUCAGAGCUUUCCAAAAUUAUAUUCAAACUGCACCCCAGUUCCACUUCUGCUAAUUCAAAAGGACUUGGAAGGAAUAAUUGCCACAAUGGGCAGAUCUGGCAAACUUCAUGUGAUCAUCAUGUGGUAGGAAGGACGAGUCAGAUAAACUGUCACGGUUUCUAAAGAGCAACAGACGAGGAGACAUGUUUGCUCUUCCCUCCAGUUGAUGAAUGCAACAGAAGCCUCAAGGAAAGAGGUUUCAUAGGAACAACAUGAGUUCUCAGAAUGAAUUCCAUCAGGACCUUUGCGAUGAUGGAGGCCUUGAUUGUUCUCAAACAAGAAAAGAGAGAACUGGUUGUGGGGAAUACAGCCAGCUUGACAACAGCAGCAACACCUCAGAGAUUACGGACAUUGACACUGUGCUUAUCUUCCCUCUUAUGGAGACCAAGUUGUACAAGCGGCGAUGGCUCAUGCUAUUCAUCUUCAGUGCUUACUCCAUGAGCAAUGCCUUCAUGUGGCUGCAGUACAGCAUCAUAGGCAACAUCUUCAUGCGGUUUUACAACAUUGACUCCCUGGCCAUUGACUGGCUCUCCAUGAUCUUCUUCCUCACCUACAUCCCCCUCAUCCUGCCAGUCAUGUGGGUGCUCGACAACCGAGGCAUCAGGGAUGUAGUGGUGGUGGGCGCAGCCUUCAACUGCAUCGGGGCCUGGAUCAAGACAGGAACAGCCCACCCAGACAUGUUUGACAUGACCCUCUUCGGACAGUUUGUCUGUUCCAUUGCCACAGUUUUUAUCCUGGGUAUCCCCUCCAGACUCGCAUCCCUGUGGUUUGGGCAGCAUGAGGUCUCCACCGCCUGUGCCGUUGGUGUUCUGGGAAACCAGAUGGGUAUUGCCAUUGGGUUCCUGCUCCCGCCCAUCCUUGUGCCGAAUGUGGACGAUAUGGAUGAGCUGGCGUACUACAUCAGGAUCAUGUUCUACACCAGCGCAGGGGUGGCUACCCUCAUCUUUAUCCUCGUGGUCAUUGUGUUUCAGGAGAAACCAGAGCUCCCCCCCUCCCAGUCGCAGGUUCAGGCCAGGAGCACCCCACCCGAGGAGAACUCGUACAUGUCCUCUAUCUUGAGGCUGCUGCGCAACAAGUCCUUCAUGCUCCUGAUGGUCUCCUAUGGGCUGAACGUCGGCUGCUUCUAUUCUAUUUCCACGCUGUUGAAUCGGAUGAUCAUUGAUCAAUACCCGGGUGAAGAGGUGAAUGCUGGGAGAAUUGGUCUGACAAUCGUUGUUGCUGGCAUGGCCGGGUCCCUCAUAUGUGGCAUUUGGCUAGACAAGACCAAAACAUACAAACAAACCGCCUUGGCCGUUUAUGUCCUCUCUCUGAUCGGGAUGGUCAUCUACACCUUCACCCUCAACCUGGGUUACCUGUGGGUGGUGUUUGUGACAGCUGGAACUUUAGGCUUCUUCAUGACGGGAUAUCUUCCUCUAGGCUUUGAGUUUGCAGUAGAGCUCACAUAUCCAGAGUCAGAGGGAACCUCCUCUGGACUGCUGAACUGCUCAGCUCAGAUCUUUGGAAUCAUUUUCACCAUCUCCCAGGGGAAGAUUAUUGAUAGAUGGGGCACUUUUGCAGGAAACAUCUUCUUGUGUAUUUUCCUGCUAAUAGGAUCCAUACUGACAGGAUUAAUCAAGUCUGACCUCCGCCGGCAGAAGGCCAACCUCCAGCAGGCUGAGGUGCGGACAGUGAGUGUAACCUACAGGCUCUGUGACAUCGGGAAAGGACUACGGGGCCACAGCGACCGUCCACUGGCAACGGCAAUCUUGACAUAAACCCAAAACCUCAUUAAAACCAAAACCUCUUCAUCACCAGUAAGACGAUACUCUACACAAACACACAGUGAUAUUUGACAGGAAAUAAAACAUAUUUUUAACAUCAAAAAGCCAUUGAAUCUUCUAGAAAAUUCUGCAAAACUGUAACAAAAAAGCACAUUAAGUUUCAAUUUACAAAAAGAGAAGGUUUAAUCAAUUCUGAACAAAGCAGGACUGGUAUUUCUAAUAGAAAAUGUUAUAAACUACUGAGCUGCAGUAUAUUCAAAUCCACUUCAUUGUUGAAUAAACCAUUUUAUUUCCAGAUUUCAGCCUUUUUUUAAAACUCAUGAUAAUAAUUUCCUGCUAAUAGGGUUAGUACUGACAGGUAAGAUAUUAACUUAUCCAAAUACCACACCUGUAAAAACAACUUUGAACUAAUGUACGCAUGUGAAAUUAACAGGAAUUUGAACACAGUGUGUAUUUUAGAAUUAAAGCAUGACUGCUGUUAGUCCAGUGUUACACACGCAACAGGCAUCUUUCAUGAGAUGAGACAGCCUUAAUUAAAGAUUCCUACAAAUUAAAGGCUAAUUGAAAAAGAUGAGUUAUUUGUGAAUCAAAAAGAAAAAUAUGCUUCUUAAAAUUCCUUAACUUUUAAAGCACUGUACUGAUGACCUAUCGCCAUGGAGGUCAAGCAGGUUCACCUGCUGGUAUCGUGGAAUAACAUAUUUUAUCUUAAAAUCAAUCAUGAUUUCCUGCACUUGUUUUUUUUAACAUUUUCUUGAAUCAAAUCUGUUAAAAAGAAAUGAAAACGAUCAUUAGACAUUUGUGAUUAACUGAUGACUAACUGAGUGAUUUGAUGAGCACAGAAAAAGGUAUUAAUAAUAUGGAUUUAAUGCCAGAGUAGAAUUAAAGUUUUAAGAUGUUUGAUUCUCAAGAAAUGAAUAAUAUGGUUUAUGUUAGCAUUUAGCUGUCUUUCUGAAUGCUGUGAUGAGUUGAGAAUUUGUGUCAUCUUGUUUUCAUUUGUGAUAAUUAAUAUUUGUUUCCUUUACAGAAAGCCACGGCUGAGUUAGAAGGAGCCGUACCGCCACCUGCACUUCUGAAAGAGGGGAAGUGAUAAGGGGGACAGACUCUGACAAAGAUGCUGUUGACUGAUUAAUCACAAAUACUGUCACUUUAACAUGCAUUAACACACACAGGGGCCACAGAGGAAGCAAAGCUGCAGUGAAGAGUGAGCAGAGGAGAGUGAACCCCUCUGAGCAGCACUCUGUCAAACAUCUGAUGUACUGUACGUCCACACACUGAUUCAAACACCAGAGACUCACACUAAUGCCCAGGUGCAAUGUAGCUCAUCCCAAACCAAGCACAAGGCAAUCAUUCACAAGGGGAACACACUUGGAUCCUCGUAUGUUUUAAAAACAUUGAACUCAUCAUCUUAUUAAACAUUGAUUUUACCCAAUGGAGGCAUUUCAGUGCAAUGCAACUGCCACUUUAGUGUUUUUAACUUUUCCCGAACUUUUAACCGUCUGAUUAGUGUUGAUUCAGUGAUCUAUGAAUCUUACAAGCAAUAUUUUAAAGGUGUUUCCUAUUACUUGACCAAUUUGUGUGUAACUGAUCUCAGUCUUUACAUUGCUGAAGGCAUUCAUUAGAGUGCAGACUAAAACAGUGUUCCUCUCAUGUUAUCAUCUCUACCUGCCAUCCAGGAUCACAUGGAGGAAUAACUUCUGCAUACUUUUGACUAUAAAUGUAAUUGAUGCCGUGCAUCAGUUUUGUCUUUGUGUAAGUGAUCUCUACUACACAUUUGGUGUUAGAUAUCUAGAUUAACAUGCAAUCAAGAAAGUCUGGAAUGUAAGCUCAGCUCAAAGCGAGACGGAAGGCAAAUUAAUCUAUUGCAGUUGACAUUUUGCACAAUAAAUGUUUUAAUGUGAACUUUUACUUAGGUUGUCAACUUGUGAGUGGGAAAUGUAGUUCAUGCUAUAAUAACUAGUGUGCCAUUCAAGGGUUUCACACUAUUCUGUGGGGACUGUCAGGUGAUUUUACUAUUUUAUAAUAAAUGAGAUUUUAAGGUG